AUGAUUGAGGGUGUAUUGCCGAUGCUAAAGCCAUUUUUUGAAAUUACAACUGAAGUCUCUGCCGAGAAUAAUUUCACCUUAUCAAAGGUUAUUAUAAUGGCCAGCUUGCUGCAGAAAUCAAUUGCCAAUAGUAUUCCAAAUAAUGAGGUUCUCAAGGAAGUCGUAGAAAAACUGAGAGAGGCAAUGAUCGUACGGUUUGGCGAUUUGGAGAAUAACAUUUUUUAUGCGGAAAGCACCAUACUAGACCCAAGAUUUAAAAAACGGGGUCUUAAAUCCGAAGAAUGCUUUCAAGAAGUUGUUGCAGCUCAAAAAGACAAAACUUCGCCAACAAAAUGUGGCAUUUGGGACGAGUAUGACAAGCAGUUCAACCAAGGUAAAAAGCAAAGCAACAACGCGGAUGAUGCCAUGAUAGAGUUUCAUUCGUCUCCCGAGGAGACCGACGGCUCGGUCAGAGAAAUCACCCAAGUUCUACUGGUGCACAUCAAGCUAGAUCGACGGGAGGUUCAAAUACCGCUCCUUGUCCUACCGAACAUGUUGGGACAAGUUAUUGUCAACAUAGACUUCCUAUGUGCCAUCGAAACGAUGAUCCAAUACGGCACCACGCUGAUGGUGCCACCUGGUGUGGUGACUGGUGGAUCGGUAACCGAGGGCUACCUAAUCAUCAGCCCUCCAGCCAGUGACCAAUAA